AUGACGAUGAAGGUUAUCCUGGGUGCUCAAUGGGAAUGGGGAGAUGUGGCAAUGAGGGCAGCUCAGGAUGACAACAAGAACAUCAUUGUUGUGGGAGCGAAUGCACCGAUGCUUGACAUCAAGUACGGCUUGUACCCCUUUGUAACUUCUUCUGAUACAACGAUUGGUGGCCUUUGUCUGAAUCCAGCCAGCAUCACCGAGACAAUUGGUGUGUCGAAAUGCUAUACAACCCGAUCCGGCGCCUUCAAAACCGAGGAUACUGGUGAGAUCGGAACCAAGCUCCAGGAGAUUGGACGAGAAUGGGAAACAUCGACUGGCCGCCGACACAGGUACGGAUGGCUCGACCUCGUUAUCGCCAAAUAUAGUGCUUCCAUCUAUUUUUACUCAUCGUUGAACCUCACAAAGCUCGAUGUUCUGGUCGCUUUUGAGACGAUCAAGAUUGCCAUUACCUACAAGGUCGACGGAGAGGAACUCGACCACUACCCCGCUGGCCUCGACCUCCUGGAGCGCGCCGAAGUAGUGUAUCACGAGAUGCCUGGCUGGCAGAAGCCAACAACUGGUGCAAAGUCUUUCUAUGACCUUCUUAAGCAAGCCAGAGAAUAUGUCGAGUACAUUGAGAAGUUUGUUGGGGUUAAGAUAGGCCUAUUCUUUGGAUUCCUGGUUCGCAUGCGUAUCAAGUGGAUCGGUACCGGUCCUGACCGUGAGGCCAUGAUCACGCGCGCUUAA